AAGAUAGGGUUAGGGUUAGACGUAGAGAAAAACCGAAAAUAUACACAUUUGACCAAAGAGAAAAACAUCAUUGUACGAUCUCCAACCCGAUAACCUUGCAGCGUGUCGACCCGCUUUCCCACCGAGUCGGGAUAAAAAAAAAAUAGAUCGACCCACUGGUUGAAAUUCACCAUACCCAUAUCACAUAUCCUGUUAGGAAGAGUUUCUUAACUAAUUAAAAAAGGCAUGAAAUAUCCAAUACAUUUUAGAUUUUUUUUUUUUUGAAAUUCUAGUUUUCAGUAAAAUACUAAAAUCUUACGGAAUUGGUAAUUUGAACAGGAAAUUACAGAAUCCCUAACAAAUCGCCAUUAUGGAGAAAGGGAAUUUUUUUCCUCUAACAAACCCCAUAUUUUUUUCGACUCUCCUCUUUCUAUCUUCUUUUAACCCUCUCGAUAUGAAGAUCAAUUAUUCACUUAUCUCCCCCCCUAAAUUACCAUUUUCCAUUUUAAUAUUCUUUUUCCUCCACCAAUGAACAAGCCGUAGUGGGCAAAAAAAGAGAGGGAGAUGGGUGAAUAUCCAUCCCCCAGUUCCCGCCGUCUGCAACCCCACUUCCCUUUCCUCUCUCUCUCUCUCUGUAUCAAUUUUCCGCAGCACACAGAGAUUUUCGUUUCCUUUUUAUCUUCUUUUUUCCUCCCUAAUAUAAUUCCCAUUCCACCACCAUUUAUGAUUCACCACAAUUAACAAACAAAAAGGGAAGCCCGACUCAUCAAUUCACAUUGUUCCCCCCUUUCCGUGAUCCUUUCACAUUCCCUCAAAAAAAACCCUCUCCCCCAAAUUCCGCCAUUGAAACCACGAAGACCCGCGAGAGCUCAUCAGACCCACUUCGCAGCAGCAAAAAUGGUACCCGAAAACCUUCACGAAUUGUGAAAUUACUCCGUUCUGAAGCUCUGUUUCGAUAUUCUGCGUACUGGGUUUUUUUCUGAUGAUCGAUUUUGAUGAUGGGUUUGUUUUGUUUUCCCUUUUCUGGAUUGUGGGUAGGUAGGAUGCGAGAUGUACAUAGAGAAAGAAGAGCGGCGGUGGGUGGAAACCCUAUUGAACAGCGAGUUCUUCGGCGGCUGCGCUAGCCACAGGGAGCUGCGGAAGAACGAGAGGAACGUCUUCUGUUUGGAUUGCAACGCCGGGUUCUGCAGGCAUUGUUUGAAAUCCCAUUCCUGCUUCCACCGCCAUCUCCAGAUUUGCAAGUACGUUUAUCAGGACGUGGUUCGCCUCCUCGAUAUUCAGAAGCACUUCGACUGUUCUCGAAUCCAGACUUACAAGAUAAACGGGGAGAAGGCGGUGCAUUUGAAUCCUCGGCCGGUGCAGAAAGAUGCAAAGCCAUCAACCAAGGCCAAAUUUGGAGCAGCUUGUGUUGUUUGUCGAAGAUACCUACAGGACUUGCCCAAUCGUUACUGCUCCAUUGCCUGUAAGGUGUCAGCAGCAGGUUCAUCCUGCAUACUAGAAGCCAAAACGGAACCGUCGUUGCUGGAGGACGGAGUUCCCAUAACGCCGUACAAGGAAACAAGCAAUAACGAAAACGAGGAAGGGUCGGCAUUAACGGAAACAAUAUGGGAGGCGGAUGGUGACGAGGAAGAAGAAGAAGAAGAAAGGGGGACGGAAUGGUUGACGGUGUCACCGUGUUCGACGGCAAGUUUUAGGAAACCGUCGCAUCAGAGAAAAGGCAUACCUCGUCGAGCUCCUUUUUUUUAAUCGAGAAGAAGAAAAAAAAUAAUUCACUAUUUACCACAUAUAUAGGUUUAUACUUUCAUUAUCUCUUUUUGCCCCACUUUUAUACAAAAUUUAUUACUAAAUAGAAAAUAUAGUAUUGAUUUUUUU